GAAAGCGCGCGGAAAGUCGCGCGAACUUGCGUCCGCCUUCUUCAUCGACCGACGAUUCACUCGAGCCCUCGAUCUCUUCCGCGAGCCCUCUCCCUCGCCUCGCCUCGCCAUCGCCAUCGCUCUCGAGCUCGAGCUCGAGCUCGGCCUCUGCAGCAGAGUUGCAAAAUGCAUACGAGUUCAUGCGGAAAGACGAUGCGGGGCCCGCCCGGCCCGGAGAAUUGAUGUGGCGGUGCAACGAGGAAGCCUGUUCUGUGGUACUUUGUAAAGAACAUGUCGAGUUAUGUACCGCACAUGGAGCGGGCUGUUGCCUUCGUUUGCGAGCAGGCAUUCGGAACAAGGGCUUGCAAGAAAGCCUUUCUCAGGCCUUGGAUUAGGAGUUUUUUCCACCCAGAAUCUAGAUUGGUGUUUGAUUAGGAGUUCUUGGAGGAAAAGAAUGGAAUUGAGGGCGUCUUCUUCUCUUGUUCUUGGAGCCAUUUGUGACCAGGAGGGUGUUGAGAAGUGUACGGGCGUAUUCUUCGAUCUGUAGUGUCCUACUUUGGUUAGGAGUUCUUGGAGGAAAAGAAUGGAAAUGAGGGCGUCUUCUUCUUUUGUUCUUGGAGCCAUUUGUGACAGGAGGGUGUUCAGAGGUUUACGAGCGUAAUUUUCAAUCUAUAAGAAACCUUGCGAAGUGUGAUAUCGAAGUUAUCUCAACAAACUGACGAGUGUGGCAGAAGAACAUUCUGUCCAGCAAUAAGGCAGUGCCACAGGGGUCAAGUCAACUCUUUUAGCAGAUAUGGGAGUUUCUAAUGAUCAGCAGGCCCGCCCAUCAUUUCGCAGCACGAAAUGAAGAUCAUGAACGGAUCCAACGACCCUUCUAUUGGAUCUUCAGGUGGAUAAUUGCUUUACAUAUUUCAGGUUUUCCUCAGGACAUUUCUGAUAUUUACAUCGCACCGUUCCUUUUGGACCAAUGUAAAUUACCACACGAUCCAGUUACUACUUCAUUCUUCUUUCUCAAGGUUCUGAAGUCAUCGAAGACUCAAUGCUGUAACAAUACCAAACCAUGUUAAAAAAGGAGGGUGCCAAGUGAUAAAAGUAGGAGGAGGGAGGAGGGUAAGACCCCAUGCAAAAUCAUGCUCUCCUUCCCAAAGCGGCAAGAGUCAAGCACGUCUUACAGCAGAUUCUGUGUUCAUUUGAGCUGAAAUGGCAUGAGUUCUAUUGAACAAGUGGACAUGUUAAGCUAGAACUACUUCCGAAAUUCGGCGACCGAGUUGCUCUACGUUUCAAGCCAGUUCUACUGAAUCCGGUGCAAUUUUCGAGACCGACUCAAGACAUUCCAGUCUUUUCCCCGAGUUCAAGGGAGCAGGUUUUCAAUGCCAUCGGCUGUCCGAACGUGGCGCCUGGAAGUCAUCUCUGACAACAGCUUAGAAUAGAGACCCGGGCAGAUCAUCAGCUAAACCUACUCCCCACAAUUGCAAAGGGAAAGCUUCAAAGCAGUCGCAAUGUCACCAAAAAAGGUCACCACAGUGUGCAUCAUGUACAUUAUCCCGAAAGAGAAACUUGAAAAAAGGUCCAGGAUUGAGCGAUCGGGAAGCAAGUUGACCGGAUCCUGGGUUGUACCUUCCUCAGUUGCUUCCCACCCUACUCAAGCAGCAGAAACUGCCGCAGAAUGUUUGAAACGCCGUGAAAGUUACAGUGGCAACCCCGCUCGUAUGAGCAUCAAACAAAUCACUGUGCUCUGUAUGGAUGCACUGGACAUUCUUGGAAAGCAAGUAGUAACUGAAACAGAAUCGACCUCUACAGGGUCCAGCCUUGAUUUUGGAUUCGGUGGAAACUCAACAGAACACGAGGCGGUGCAGCCUGUAAAGUGUCCGGGGACGCCAGUAAGCCCGGGGACCUAGAGCGGUGAUGGAAGACGAAGACUGACUUCAAUACUCGAAUCAACAAGCUUCGCUGGGAUCCACUCAUUUGCUGUAGCGACUUGACUACAUUCAGACAAUCUGCUUUUUGGCUCAUCAUACACGACAAGUUCCAUGAAAGCUGAGUUGUUGCAUAAGGUGGUAGGAGCAAAGAAGGUCAGAGUUACGAUAUCCUUCGGUGGUCGAGAGCAUUACAAAGAGCAUCUGGAGGAACAAAGUUUUUCAGGUGCGGGACUUCAGAAAUAUCCUGCGCCAUGCUUGGAAGCAGGGCAGUGCGAAGAAUGGAUUGCUGUACGAGGAGGCAAUUUCUCCAGGUGGAAAUAUACUCUAAACACCAAAGGAGAAAUGUCUGGCUUUGGCAGCAAAAUUUGAGCAUGAAUGGAAUCGGUCCCGAAUCGUCGAGUGCUGCACAUCCUUGAUAUGAAAUUUCUCAUUCGAAACUGGAAAAGGCUAGUUGCGCCGAAUGGACGAACAGAGUGUGAAUUUUGGAAGAGCGAUAUGGAAUAAUCAUGAAACGAGCAAUGCGUUGAAAGUUUUUGAACAUACAAUCCUCGUUACGAUGGCGCAAUGUCAUCUCGAGCGAAAGAUAGAAAGGCCUACAAUGAGCAGCUGCUGAAGACUCCUACCUACUCUAAUGAGAUCUUGUACAGACGGCAUCCACAGCCACGAUUGUCCGAACAGCAGCCCGAACCAACAUUCAACAGCCUCGCAGCUUGAGCGAGUAUCUACCCCCGAGGCAUUUACAAUGGGCAGCAAAAAAUGAGAGACUAAACUAUUUCACAUGUGACUUACACUAGCUCCUGAAAUUUACCAGAAGAAGACGACCUUGAUAACAAGUACAACAAGAUUCACGUGUGCUUUCCCCGUCCUGACUGUCACAGAAGGCUCGACAUUCAACGAGCCGUGUCCCACUUGUCGACCCAGCAUCGAUCUUUGACCGCCUGGUGCACACCUGAUCCAUGGUCCCUAUAAAGCACAAGACCUCUCCCGCAAUCAUUUGUGUGACGCCGAUGCCAACGUCGUCGGUACGGUUCUCGCCAUGGGGAUAAAAUCGUCGGUGAUGUCAAGUCAGUGCCAGGGUUUGCAGAGCUUCUGAAGUUAGGGUAUGUGAAGUUGAAUCGCAGAUCUGGAACAAGAACUGGAUCGAUCGAUGCACCGAAGGAGCGAACGAUGGCCCCCCGAGUUCUUGCAGACGACGACGCGGGAGUCAAUGGAGGGUGUCGGAAUACGCCUUAGGGUUGGAGCUCAAAAUGGCGUCCAUGCCAGAUUCGAGAAGAGCGCGCUGCAUGCGAGCUGCGGCGCUGAGGCGGAUGAAUCUGAGAACGAACCAAAGGGUGGCGUAGACCAGCAGCAAGAGGAAGGCCAGUUUCAGCCUCGACAGCAUUGCGCUCCUGACGCGCGGAGUGAUCGGUCGCACAUUGCUGGCGUCCACGUCCUGCUCUUCGUCCGCAUCGUCGUGCUCGUGCACGACUCGUAUCGACGCCAAUCGAUUCUCCAUAUCGGAGUUGGACCCCCUCUUGCCACCUGCUCCUGAUCCUGCUGCUCCUGCUCCUCCCACUCCGCCUCGAAUGCGCCCGAUGACCGUCCUCAGUCUCGAGCUGAUCGACGCCGAGGAGAAGUAUUUCCUCGAAAGAACCAUAAUGGAAAAUCGGGAAUCACGGUCCAAUCGUUGGACUCGCCGUCAAUCAUCAACGGCAGGGCAGGGCAGGGCAGGGGCAGGUGUACAGGGAGACAGACGGACAGAGACUGCCAAGCUAUCAGCGGUCGCUCGAACUUCCUCGAGUUAAAUUUGGCAGAUUUGUCGUACAGAUUCAGAUCGUACCCAGCAGCUGCAUCGUGCGCUACAUGCGCGGAAUUUAUUGCCGACAGCAGCAGGAUUCAUCUCUUAAAGCGCUUGAGCUCACAAUUAUCGACCUUCCUCGCGCACCAUAACUUGCUCUCGUGAUCUUCUGAGGACCUUUCGAUGCCAUUGCAGGUAGCGCUUGUCCCGAGUUCAGAUUCCAGUCGGAGAUGGAACUGAUCCGAUGUUGGAACCGGAAGGAUCGGUGGUAUCGGUGCUUCUGAUAGAGGGUCAGCGGCGAAAGAAUUACUUGCCAACGACCUCCUCGGACGAGAUCUGCUGAAACGACUGCUUUAAUCGAUCGCCCGACGACGGACCAUGACCUCUCUUGGCUAUGGUUGACUGUCUGUCUGCUCGAAUUGCGGGUGUUUGUGGUGGUACAGCUGGUACGGCUGCAUCAUCUGUGGAUCGGUGUCGGCCAUCACUGGCUGGUUCCAACAAUUUCGGAUGACAAUGGAUGAUUUGGGGAGUUUGAUGAGAGGGAUGGCUUGCUCACUCGCUUGCCUUCACCAUCCUGUACAGGCUCCAGCACGAUUAAAACCCUUCGAGUGAGUGCGUUAGUGCGGUGCUUGUGCUGGUGAUUGAGCUCGAAUCCCGCCUCAAUGCUCUCGUCAACUUGCCACAUGGAAACCAACCAUUCUCCAACAUCAACAGUCCUCACUCCCUCCAUCCAUCAUGUGCCCUCUCCUUAUCCAAAAUUGUCGAUGAUCAAUUCCAGACGCCGAAUCAUGACGCCGCGAUUCUUCCCAGGCAUCAUAUGAGGGAUCGAUCUACUGCAGAUGAGCAACAAUUUCAGCAGAAAACCACGACUCGCGGGAUCCAAUUGUCAACUGGAGACUUUAUCGUCUUCUCAGUCCUUUUCUUCAUCCACCUAAUGAUCGUGCUGCUACAACAUUGACUUUCAGACGCCACCAGGCCGUCGGUACAUAUCAUAGCAGUCGUGAUUGGUUUGGGUAGUGGACUGAUGUGCUCUUACUCACUGCUCGUGUACCUUCUCGCAGAGUAAAACUCUGGCCCAGAAAUCCAUUCAGUUUAAUUACGGCCCAUUUGGGGGACAACAUUUUUGCCGGGAAUGCGCUCGAAUCUUGAGCCUUCCCGUUUCUUGUCUUGUUAUUAUCUUUCCCAUCACCUCUGAUCGGUUCAAUUGCCCCUGCCCUGAUCCGAUUCCUUUUUCACACCCGUCCAAGAAGGAGAAGAAUGAACAGUCAUUGGGUUGCAUCAGAGCCAUAUCCCUCGAUGACGACCUCCUGACGCUGUUCGAUUCUUGAUGGCUCCUCUCUUAUUUCCGUUUUCGAACGAGUGUGAAAAUCGGAAUCCGGGUGUCAAAGGAACCGAUCCUCGACCAAACACACACACACACGCUGAACUCGAACGAAACUCUCACAUCGAUUACAUUUUGGCUCGGUUCGCUUCCAGUCGGUAAUUAAAUAUGUUCCUUCAAAAAAUUCAGGGGACCCGCAAAAUCGAACAUCAACAUUCGUAUCUUCGAAUUGCGUGCAGUGAAAUGACCCGGUUCCUCGAGCGGCCG